AAAGGCGGCAUAAACAAUCGAAGAUUACUAAACGCAGAGGAAGCGGAAGAAAAAGGUGGCAUAAACAAUCGAAGAUUAUAGACGCGAUGUCAAUGCCCGUUCAGACAAACAACACAACAUUUCAGGAUGGCACUUGCCCGGAGCUCGUUAAAUUGGGAGUGGACACUUUUCAGUGUCCAAUGUGCCAAAAGGUUGGGCCAUACCAUGCACUUGUUCCACAUUUACAAGGCCACCAGAUUUCUGUGGUUAAAUAUGGAGGAUAUAGUGUCUACAAAUGCCACCGUCAUUGUGUGCGCAGCAGUCAUUAUCACUGCAGCCACUGUCCAAAGAUCAUAAUCAGAAAGGAGCUGUUUAUUAGUCAUCUCAGAACUUGCCUAACGGCAGGUACACUAGCAGCAGUGACUGCAGCUCCUUCACCUACACCGGCAGGAUCAGCUGUGAGGCCAGCAGAGCCACUGCAUCCUUCACCUACACGGGCAGGAUCAGCAGUGAGGCCAGCAGAGCCACUGCAUCCUUCACCUACACCGGCAGGAUCAGCUGUGACACUAGCACCGACAGCAAGUCCACCACUGAUUACAGUGGCAACAAAGGGUAUGAGAACUAGUCCACAGAAGAUGACAGGCCCCAAAAUUCUGAUGUCAAGGCGCAGAAACACAACAUGUUGUUUUUGCAACUUGAUAUUGCUGAAGAAAAACCUUAAAGCACAUAUUCAGAGACAACACACACCACAGCACACUGACCCUGAAAUUGAUCACAUGUACUGUAAGAGGCCUUACAGUUUUCCAUCAAGAGAGCAGGUUCAAGACAAUAAUGACAGCAGUGACCAACGCCAGGAUGUGUUCACCACAACCAGAGAUGCUGGGAUCCUGAGUGAGGACAUGUCUUUCAACAGGCUAGUGGAACGAGCUCAGCAAGCUGAACAGAAGCUAAUCCUUGCCAGUGAGCUUCUGUUAACAUUUAUCACUCAGGAUGAAUGCCUGCGACAACACCUCCAAGCAGUCAUCGCAGGAAAACUCACACCGUCCUGGGCAUCAAAGGGAAGAGUGAGAAUUUUCCUCGAGAAAGAAGACCAGCUUGACAGAGUGAUGAGCUUCUUGGCCAGUCUGUUGGAAGCACAGGGAACCAAAUGUCAUGAUCAAGUGGCAUUUGUUAUGGACGUGCUUCUGCCAGAGGCAACACUCCAUGCUAUUGCUGGUGUACAUGCUGUUUCCCUGCACAGGGCCACAGAAAUCUAUGAAUGUGGACUGCAAUAUGACUACAGUGAGAAACAGCUGUUUGCACAUUAUGCAUCAAAAAACACGAGCAAGGAGGCAGAGCAGAAAAUGCUGACAUACAAAGAACAACUCCAAAGAGCACUCGAGUCCAAGGACUUUGUGCAGAUGCUUUAGCUGUUGCCAAUAAAACACUAAACUGUU